AUGGUAAGCGGUCCUAUACCAUUUGGUCAUCAAAGUGAGAAAUUUGAUGAUCCUCAUAUGUAUCAAAGUGUCGUUGCUACUUUGCAAUAUAUUACUCUUACACAUCUAGAAAUCUCUUAUAGUGUUAACAAAGCAUGUCAAUUCAUGCAUUCACCAACUAUUCUCCACUGGCAAUUGGUUAAACGUAUCUUGCAUUAUUUGAAGGGCACUUUAUCUCAUGGCUUAUUGCUUAAAGGUACUAUUGAUUUAAAGCUCUAUGGUUUUGUUGAUGUUGUUUGGGCAUCAGAUCUUGAUGAUUGGAAAUCAACUUCUAGGUUUUGUAUUUUCUUUGCUCUGAAUCUAGUUACUUGGGAUUCCAAGAAGCAGUCAAUUAUAUCUCGUUCCAGCAUGGAGGUCGAAUACUGGUGUCUUCCCCUUGUGGCUACUAAAAUGGUAUAG